AUGAUGAAUGUGUCUUAUGCAAGAGUAGUGGGAUGUCUCAUGUAUGCUAGAAUCUGCACAAGACCAGGUUUAGCUCAAGCAUUGAGCAUUGUGUCAAAGUAUAUGGCAAAUCUGGGUAGACGACACUGGCAAGCAGUGAAGUGGAUUCUGUACUACUUGAGAGACACCAGGGAGCAUGAAUCUGUGUUUGAAAGACAACAAGAACAAGCAUGCAAUGCUGGUCAUAAGGGUUCAGAUUUGGCAGGAGACAUAGAUAAGAGAAGACCUGCAACAAGUUAUGUUUUUACUUGUGGUGAAGGUUUAGUGAGCUGUAGAGCAACUAAAGAAUCAGCUACGACGUUGUCUACCACUGAAGUAGAUUGCAUGGCACUAACAAAAGCUUCCGCAGAGGCAUUAUGGCUUAAUGGAUUGAUGAGUGAGUUUGGAAUUCAACAAGAAGUUGUGGUGAAGAAUGGGGUCAUCAAUUUGACAAGGAACCAAGUGUUUCAAGCAGAGACGAAACACGUUGAGGUUCGUGGUCAUUGCAGCGAAGGUUGGGUCAACUCAAGGAAGAUAACAAUUGAGAAAGUUCAUUCAAGGGAGAAUGUCUCAGAUUGUUUGACCAGGACCAUUGCCAUGGAGGAGUUCAAGUGUUACUUGAACCUGCUCGUUCUUACAGCAUGUUGA